AUGAAAUCAAUUCUUUGUGGUGUUUGUGAAUUUGAAAAUAUUCAAGAAGCUUGUUUGAAACUAACUAAAGAGUUCUUUAGAGACGAUACAUUGUUGGUUCUUAUUCUUUGUCUCCCAAAAUUAAACUUGGAGAUGCCGCUCAAGUGCAAAGGCAAAGGGUUAAUUGCUUAUCAUUACUUGGAGGUCAAUCUAGCCAUCAGUGAGAUACUACUCAUCAAACUUAAUGUUCUUAUUUGCUUGUUGACAAAUUUGAGUGUGGUUGGCAAUUGGACGUUGGUGCUCAUAUUGUUUUGCAUUAUGGAGGAUACUAAGGGAGUUUAUAGGGCAUCGGAUUGUUGCAAGAACAUUUUGAGUUCCAAGCAUCCAAAUUUUGAUGUUGGUCGAUUGCUGCAUCCACCUUUUAAGGUUAGUCGCAUGUCUUUAAUUGCUUUUUUUCAUUCAGUCGCAGAUUAUCUAGAAAAUUAUGUGCAUAAUUAUUAUAGAGUGCCAUUUGGUUUUAUAGUUUUUUCCGGCAAUAUGCCAACUUAUUUUGCCCCUGCUUAUUUCUGUAAAAUAAUUGAGGAUAUCCAAAUACGUGAAAAAAUUCUUUUGCAGGAGUCACUCAAGAACAUCCAGAUUGAUGCACUCCGUAUUCAAGGAUUGUGCCCUUGGCUGUUAACAAUGAAAGUAGUUGUUCAAGCACGAAUCGAUCAAUUUGAAGACUUGUUAUCCUUUGCUCAUCAACUAAUUUUGCACUUCGCUUAG